AGAGUCUGAAACAUGAGCCUCCAGCAAAUUCGACUAAAUGUCAAGAACAAGAUGACUUAAAGGAAGAUUCACCGAAAAUAGUUUGUUAGCGGCAAAUGACGACGGAUCUAUUCUUUAAAGAGUAUGGCAGACCUGGAUAAUUUCUCUACCCGGGGGUAUCCUUCUCAGUUCUCUAUAUCCCAGACGAGAGCAGUGAUAGAGGUUAACCAACCCAACAACAACAAUGCAACAACAGUAGUCCAGCUUCCAACCAAUCCGAGCCAAGAAAUCAGAAACAACGGAAUUCAACUUAAGAUGAACAGCAUUGGAGUAGCUCAAGAUAUGCCGGGUAGGGUAGGUGAGAUGUAUGCCCUACUACUGGGUAUAUCUGAGGAACUAACCAACAUAAAACAAAUCAUGGAUAAUCAAAAUUGCUAUAACGGUACGGGGGAUGAUACUGUGGAUGAUGGGAGAGAUGAUAUUGUGGAUGUUGGGAGGGAUGAUACUGUGGAUGAUGGGAGAGAUGAUACUGUGGAUGGGAAACCCUGCUUCCAGUAUGAAGAAUAUAAGAGUACAGACUCCGCCUUCGAAAUUAAUCAGGACUCCCAAUCUGUCAACCAACAACAUGAUCAGUUAGACGGGGAACCCUGUACUAGUCCAGGUGAGAACUGGGCUGAUUUUAUCCCAAUGUGUCGGGACCGAGAGAGCUUCUCGUCUAUAGGUAUUAACAACAUGUCAGGGUUACGUUGCUGCAGGCACAGUUUAGAUGUUUCAAAUCCUCAUAGUAUGGCAGCUGCUCUACUUUCUAAGAGAUGUAGAGAAGACUCAGUUGUUUCCCCUGGUCUUCAACCCCCCUCACCCUUCCUUAUCAUCGCAAACAAGAUCCUCAAGGGACCCGUAGUACUCAACGUCGGGGGCAAAAAAUGUGUUGGAUUGCAGGAGCUAUGUGAUGCUUACUCUCUAGAUAAACGAGAAUAUUACUUUGACAGAUCUCCUCGUAAUUUUGAUGCUAUCCUUGGUCUCUACAGGACUGGUAAACUUCAUCUCUCCCAAGGGGUUUGCGUGCAGGAUUUCUGUGAAGAGCUUGAAUACUGGGGGUUGACUGAUCUUCAUCUUGAACCCUGCUGUCAGCAUACUUACUACAGAGCUCGCUGGUUACUACCACAGACAGGGCUGCCGGGUGAUGACCAAGACGAGGAGUUUGGGAACGGAUUAUUUUCAUCUUCACAGCGACGACUCUGGAAUCUAUUCGAGAAUCCGCAUCACUCGGGAGCUGCCAAAAUAGUUGCUGUUGUAUCCUGCCUAUUUGUUGUUGUAUCCACCCUCUGCCUUAUAUUCUCUACUCUACCUAAGUUUCAACAGAAAGAUUCUAGAGGAGUUGUCCAGGAAGAAUACUUUUUCGAGGUAGCGGAAGCCGUUUUUGUCGGUUGGUUCACAUUUGAAUAUGUUGUCAGAUUUAUAGCUGCUCCGAAAAAAAUCAAGUUUAUUAAAGGAGGGAUGAAUAUAGUAGACCUACUAGGUAUAUUACCCUACUUUAUGUCUCUGUUUCUAAACCUUGUAACGACAACAAGCAAUACUCAGAAUAAAUACCAGGAUGAAAUGCGGAGAAUAGCGCAGAUUUUCAGGAUAAUGAGAAUAUUAAGAAUAUUCAAACUGGCUCGCCAUAUAACAGGACUUCAAACACUUGGGAUGACUUUAAAAAAUAGUUACAAAGAGUUGGGUUUACUGAUGCUGGUUGUGAUAAUGGGUAUGCUGAUAUUCAGUGGUUUGGCUUAUGUAUCAGAGAAAGAUGAACAGGAUACAGAGUUUAUAUCCAUGCCUCAGGCUCUAUACUGGGCUAUUAUAACUAUGACAAGUGUAGGGUAUGGAGAUAUAACUCCUAAAACCUGGUUUGGAAAACUAGUUGGAUCAGCAUGUGCCAUCUGUGGUGUGCUGUGUAUCUCCCUACCCAUCCCUAUCAUCGUGAACAACUUCAACAAGUUCUACGAGAAGGCCAAAAUCGAGGAGGAGAUACUCUCGAAGAAGAAGAAAGCUUCCUGGGAGGACGCAAAGCGAGGUGUGUUCCAAAAUAUCCAUGAUUCUUUUGAUGAGAUAGAUUCUUCCGGUUUAGUUCCGUACACGGUACAAUCAGAAAACGUAUCGAGGUUCCAAACAAUAAUGGCAAGAAGAAGAAAAAGAUUGAGAAGAAGAAGUUUAGGAUUUCUUCCAGACAAACCCAGGCGGAUGGAUCCAAACCUUAAGCAAAACAGGAAAAGGGGUAGGGGAAUAUCUUGCUUUGGGAUCAGUCUAAUCUCAUCUCCAGACACAGAAAUUUUACCUUUCGGACAGACAAAAGGGAAUAGUCAGUACAAUUUCUCGUUGCAAAGUGAUAGUGAGACCCAGACUACUGUAGAUGAGCAGAGCGCUGGGCAAUGGAUUAUUGAAAAGCAAAUAAACAGUGAUAAAAUCACACUAAACAAUGUGUCCCACCAUAUUAUAAAUUUUGAAGAAAAUUAUGAACCACAUGAACUUAUAUCUUUGAGCAAUAUAGAUCCAUUUACAAACUUGGAUGGGAAUCUGACACAAGAAAAUGAAAGGGAAGAGGUUGAGAGGAGGUGCAUGAAGUGCAAUUGUUCUCAACCAUCUUAAAGACUGAUUAGAGAAAAGUUGAAGUUGAAUUCCUUAUCUAUUUAUCUAUUUAUAUAUUUAUGAUACAUGAUGUGUAUGAAGUGAUAUUAAAUUAUGCCUUUUCUUAAGAUUCUUCAUAAAGAUUUCUGUAUAUUUUCUGUCAAAUAUUACAAGCUGCCCCCUACAAAAUAUUUAAUAAACUCAUUCUUGGAGUUUGAUUUAAAACCUAAUAAUGUACGUAUAUAUACAGGGUUACUCACAACAAAGGAUGAGACUUCAGAUACGAUUGUAUGAGAUUUAUAUUGUCUGUUUCCUUAUGUUUAUGAUUGUAAAUUGGUUACUUUCUUUGCAAAAUCAUUUAAUAAGCAAGUAAAAGAUUGUGUUCCAAGUAGAAGACUUCAUUAAACCUUGGAAUCAUCUUAUUUAAAGUGUUUCAGGUCGUCUUUGCAGUCUUGUCUUUUGUGAGCAACCCUGUAGUUACUAUUUUAGUUAUUGACUAUCUAUAAUAAAGUUACGCAUCUGAUUCUGUCCCUUAAAGGGAGUGGCUUGCAAGGAGGUGUUCAUUUUCUUGGACACAAGUAGAGAACUGUUUUUUUCCUAUCCAGUAUCUUAAUAAAAAAUCAAUUUGAAUAUUUUGAGAAUUCUCUUUGCGUUUGUUAAAAGUUGCCAAAAUAAAAGAUAAAUAUUAUUUAA